AUGGUCUCACUGUGCACCAGGUACUUGUCGCUCGACCAAGCUGGGCUGGUCGACGAGCUCGUGGCAUCCAGAGAAUUAGCCACAGUCGAGGCGAUAGGGGAGGCUGAGCUUAGGGCCGCGGUCCAGGAGCUCGACUGCUCCACGACCAUCAUAAACAAGCAGACUGAGAUGUUGAGGCAACACCACAACGCCUUGGCUAAGCUUGCGGAUAGUAACGCUAAGUCGACGGAGUCACGUCGGGAGAUGGAGGCCACCAGGACUACCCACAGGGUUAUCAAGUACACCGUUGAGAUGACACGUACCAAGCUUGACCGGACAUAUCUCGAAGCUCUUGAGUCGGCCCCUCGCAGCGAACACACGGAUGCACCGGCUAGCGAAGUAAAAGCCUUACAAGAAGAGCUGGAGUCCCUCUAUGCGGAGAUACUUCCUGUCGCCCAGAUGUCAGUUGAGCAGCAGUAUCUUGAACCUGCCUUGAAGUCGCUUUCGGAAAAGAAUGGGCAGUCCGUCGGUCGAUCUAUGGCUGCAAUUUCAUACUCCUACCAAGCUGCCGCAGCAACAUUGGUCGAUACAGCGAAGAUGGAACUUGCUGUUCCUGCAGUAGCUGUGGCUCCCAAGAAGGCGCAUCCAGUUCAGCCUGCCUCACCACCACGUGCUCGUGUCACGACGUCUACACCGGGACCCCGUCGUCGCCGCUCGUCUGGAACUUUCAAUGUUGAGCCACCAAUCGAGGCUCUUUUGCGACUUCUAACUAUCAACCUUGCCACAUCAUCUGCAGAUCCAAGCGAUGGCCCUACUCUGCUAGAAACCCUUCGUGUCCUCUCGAGAGCCCGGGAGGGACGCGCAGCCAAGGCAUACGAUGUCACGCGCAACGCUCAGGAGUCAUUCGAGCAUUUCGGUUGUGACGCACCUCACCGACGCCCGACGCGCAGUGCAGCUGCUUUCGAGACAGCAUUCUUGCUGAGACUUUCCUUUGAGGAAAGAAGUGAAAGCUCGUUGACUCUGAAGUCGAAUGCCUCAUAA